AUGGACCGCAUACGUCAGAAAGCCCAGAGUCUGUUGGAGAAACUUCAGGAGAAGUACGGCGUGCAAUCCCGGCACCCCGUGCAUCUGGUGGUGGCCAUCGCGGCAAAGGAGGGCGAGGGUCCCGCUGUACAGGACCACUGGUACCUGGUGGACACCCACGGGCAGAAGUUCCGACUACCCAAGACCAUGCUGUUCCUGGGACGAGAGGAGUGUGACGUCAUCGUGGCGUCGCAGUCCGUGGACAAACGACACGCCGUCCUGACCUUUGACCUCUACCUGAACCGGUUCAAAGUGAAAGAUCUGAGCACCACCAAUGGGACGUUCGUGAACAACUCUCGUAUUCCGGAGCAAGAAUACGUCACUCUCAAUCAUAUGGACUCAAUACGGCUCGGUUAUGACGCCAUGAUGUACCACAUGGAACAGGGCAGCCAGAUAACCAACCAGGGCGGUCAACUGCCGGACCCUCACGUGGUGCCCUCCUGGGCCACCCGCCACGCCCCGGACCCCACCACCAUACACGUGCACGCUCACACCCACGGCGGACACACCAUGGCGGAGUGCCAAGGGUGUAUCGCGGAGCAGAGUAUCGAGCACUCGUGUGGCCUGAAGACAGAGAACAAACCGUUAGAAGACGACGUGUGGAUACAUGACCCCAAUCAUCACCUGUACCAUCAACAGCAGCAUCACUGUCAUACCCACGACCAGCUUCAUUUGCAGCAACCACCUCCACAUCUUCUCCACCAUCACCAUAGACAUUCCCCACAGCAGUCUCAACAAUGUGCCAAACAUUCUCAGGGUUAUCAUACUACACAACCUACUGAACAGGCGGACCAGUCACAACAGCAGCAGCAGCAGCACCAGAAACACUGUUCGUCGCCUUCUCAGCAGCAGCAGCAACAACAGCUGCGCCAGAGACAGUCUCCAAGAACACCAACUGCCGGCGAGUUGAGCGAGAGCAACACUCCACGCGCCAGCCCGGCUGCUGUGGGAAAAUCCUCCAGGACUCCUCCACACCUGACUCCUCAGAACAGCUGGAACAGGGAGGAACAAGAGGGAGGGGAUGCCGCCCAGCGCUGUGGGGACGGGGCUGACCAGCCGGACCUGGAUGACCCCACGUCCGGCAUGGCCGGGGGGUUAGGUCGGAACACGUGGCCUCGUAAACGCGUACGUCAGAUGGCGCACGUGGGUCAGAUCUUCAGCCCGGAGGCUGGAGUGUGUGGUUCGAAUCCCGACGGCCAGCCAGGCAGCGCCAACUCUUCUGAAGCUCGCCCGGCCGGCAAUAUGGGUGGCAUGUACUUUGUCUCAUUUGACGAUUCUGUGUGUAACGGCUCAACUGGGUCAGGGAAUGUGGAUUGUACCGGGGACCACGCCGCCAGAAUGUCCAGGAAUAAGCGGAACACGCUGCCUCCUGGUGAGAAGAAAGAUACCGGAGGUAAGCGCUCCCGGCCCAACAGUCUGACCCUGAGUAGCGAGGGCCUAACCACCAGCCCAGGGGCCGCCAACACCAGCGGGAUGGACGGGGACAAGAAGGACACGCCUCGGCGUACCGGCAGCGCCACCUACAUGGAAAUCCCUAUCAGGGACGAGGGCGAGACGCCAGAGGGUCUGGAUGAGCGGUCACGUGACACGGUGACCCCGGCUAAGAGUAUAAGCUCCUCCCUCUCCAAAGACAGUCUUUUCUCACCGGACGUCAAGGGUGCCAAGGGAGGUAAAGCCGUGAGUCCCGGCUCUGAGGUGAACCCAGCGACCUCCUUCACAGUGGACCUGGGCGACCACCCGCCCCGUAAGAUCAACAUCAACACGAGCCUCUCCGAGUUCGUACCCCCCAAGAUGAGGAAGAACUUCCGAGAUCGGAAGGAUCGUGUGGUGUCCUCCCGGACCAGUAGCUCCAAGGAGUCGACGCCAAGCAAGAACUCUGAGGAGAGGGAGUUAUCUCCCGGCCAUCAGCGAAAGAUCGAGGAGAUGUGGAGCGCGGUGGAGAGCAAGGCCGCCAAGCCAGGCAGUCGACUGAGCAGUGUCCAGGCCACCCUAGGCUCGUCAUCACUCAGGUCACCCAAUCUAGAGGACAUUGAUCGGCUGUCCGAGUUCUCGGAGGAGAGGAAGUCCACUGAGAGAGAGGCAGACAAGAAAGGCCAGAGACCAGUAUCCAGCAAAAGCCCGCAGACUUCUAAAUCCGGUGGCCGCCGGCGGACAUCCCCAUCUGGCACCCCCUCUGAUCCCUCCUCUUCAUCUUCGGCCGCCAAGUCGCCUGUAAGCCACGCCCAGUACUCUGACCCCACCUCUUAUCUCAUCGACAAGAUGUUCGAGGGAGGCCAUUCUUCCUCCCCAGCCAGCAGCAAGGAGAUGUCCCCAGAACAGAGACUGUACCGUGAGGCUGCUGGUCAUGAUAGGCCCAAGACUGGGGGGAGCAAACCUACCAAGGCUUCGGCUGCAGGGGGCGGGGCCUCCUCUCGCAAAAAUGAUCUCAAAACAUCACAAACAAAGACAUCGACUGCAAAAACGUCAAACACUAAAACGCCACACGCAAAGAUCUCUAAUGCAAAGACGCCGCCACGCACGAAGACGUCUCAGAAAACUGUGGCAAUUGAUGAUGACCUCGUUGAUGAUGAGGAGGAUGUGGAAGAAGAUGAUCUGAGAAUUACAGAAGGUGUGGCGGACAAGGGCAGGGAGGAUAAAGAGGAUAAGGCGAGUGAGGCAGGGACGUAUACGAUAGAAGCGGAUAAGGAAGAUGAGGUGGAGGAGGAGGCGAGGAAGAGGAUAGAUCAGGUGUUUGGCGUAGAUGUGGAUUCGUUUGUGGAUCGUCCCAUCAUAGAUCCACAAAGGAUGGCGAGUCCUGGCGGCUAUGACAAUGUGCGGGAGGACACGGAAGGGGACAAGACUCCCCAAGACGAGAUAAACAAUUUCUCCUCUGUGUUUGGCGCCGAGCGGGAUGAUAAAGACAAUGACGCUGAUGAUAACGAUGAUGAUCUCCUCCUAGGAGACGAUGAUGAAGAUAGGCCAGAGAGUCCCGGCAUGGCCACGGCAGACGGUGUCCAGACGUGGGUGAGCCAGCUGACCGCGUUGACCAGCCACAAGUCGGCCGCCAUGGCCGCUGACGCAGGCAAACUGACGCGGGACGAGGGUGGCACUUCCCUUUCGAAGAAGCCGCCGCAAGGCAUCAGCCGAAAGCGGCCAGGCACAGGUCGGAAGUUGCCCUCCAUCCCGACUGACCGGAGCCCAGUGUCCAGCGAGCACAGCUCCUACAUGGGUGACCACUCCAUCGACCUGCACAUCGCCGACGACCCCAGCAGCCCCUCCCGCUCUUCAGACCUGUUGGUCAACGGCAAGAAUGGCACGCACAAGGCUCCGGUUCGCAUCUCUAGUCAGCAGGCCGGCUCUCGGGGCCGGAGUAACGGGUACAGCACGGACCCCCAGGACGGGGUCAGCCCGGCCAGCACAUCGCGGUCACGUGGUAGCGUGGACACAGAGCUCCUGCUGCAGGACACGGAGACUGUCAUGGCGGCCAUGGAGGCCCGGAUGGCCCACAAGUCGCACGGGGAUGGCUCCUCCCCCGGACACGACUCGGACACCGAUGUGUCCAGUACUGUCGCCCUGGUCAACGGGGACGAGGACUACGUGAAACCCACGCUGUACAAGAGCCCGCGAGACGCUCUGUCUAAGAGACGUAACAGUAAAGACGGUCCGGGGAGGCCGGCGGGUGGCAGUGUUGUGUCUUCUACACCGCCUGUGUCGGGAGGUGGCGGGGGAGCGGGGGCCAAGCGGGGGGUCGGGAGGUCCUACUCGCAGACUGUUGCCUCUAAGGCGAAAACUUUAGCCUCCCCGCGCAGUGGCACAUCGGUGUCUAUCGCCAAGAAGUCUGUGGUCUCAGACGUGUACAGUAGGGCGGAUAGUGUGGACAAUGAGAGCAUCAUCUCUGAUGUCAGCUCGGACACAGGGGACGGCAACUUGUCCAGGUCCAGCUCCAAGGGAAAAGGUAACAUAACAAUGACCAAGCCCAAUAGAGCUUUCCAGCUCCGACGAGCGAGGGCGGACAGUUUUGACGAGCCCACCACGCCCCGCUCUGGCAAGUCCACAGGCCGGACAGGCGCGUCCGGCGGCGCCUCAGCCAGGUCGUCCAGCGUACACAGCGCGCCGCGGCGGACUGCCCCAGACUCGCACCGAAGUGAGGCCACCAGCCUCGGCGGGCAGAUCGUGAAGAAAAGCCGCGAGAAUGCAGGCCAGGAGAAGGCCAAGAGCAGUAACAACUUGUCGCGCGCGGAUGGCGGACGGCACAGCUUACGUCUGCAGAGAGCCUCAUCACUUACCAUCGCGCAAGCGGCUGCGGCGUCGUCACCGAACGCUGCGGCAAGGAGAGAGACGACACCGAAGUCGAUGGGGAAGUCGUCGGGUGCAAGCAAUUCUCGCGGGAACUUGUCCGUGACGGGUGUGAGUAGCACCAGCCUCUCCUCCCGCAGCCAGUCCCAGCCUGGCAGUCGCUCCAACUCGCCCAAGGCGGCGGAACGCAUGGCGUGGAAACGCCGCAAGGAGUACGACCCGCGGAGAGCGGUAGCAGAGGCCAAGGCCAAAGCAAAAGAAGGUGGCAGCAGCAGUAGCACUAUCUCUGCCGGUAGCGUUGGAUACGGCGUGACCGCCAGACCCAAGCCGUCUGCCAGCUCCAACUACAAGCGGCGUAUGAUCCGCUCAGCGUCGUUUACUAACUCGGCGGAGCUCCAGUUGAGCGCGCAGAACGCACUGUCCGGUUCCCAGGACUUUGUCACGGCCGACCGCCGGGACUACGAGCACGAUGGCUUCCGUCGCGCCUUCCUCCCCUUCCACAGCUCGCUACGCACGGACAGAUCUGCCUACAGCGCGGACGAGGACGACAGUAUGCUCUCCGCCAACUCCACGCAGGCCUCCUAUGAUACUCUGAUUGUUACAUCCAUCUACCAACUGUCGCUGAAACUGGCAACAGCGACAGACAAAUCCAUGAACAAACUCAGAGAACAAGACAGGGUCAGUUUGACUCCUUCCCCCAUCGAUGACUUCUUGUCUGACUCCGGCAAAAGUGAAAUUACUGCAUUCAAAUCGGCCAAUCAAGAGCUGGCUGGAGUCCUGAAGAAUCUCCGCAAAAUCAAGCGCCAUGUUCAAGUGAUGGACCGAGUGCUAUUCCCUGAUGAGGAUAAUGACACAGACAUAUCGUCUGGUCUGCGUAUCGGUCAGCACUACGUACAGGAGAUAGAGCGGAUCCGCAAUGAGAUCAAAGGUUUUCAGCCCAUCGAGCCUCAUGACCAGGAAGUGGCGUCCCCCGAGAUGGCUGAGCUCAGUGAACAGUUCUGAGACAUGAAGGCUACUUUCGAAACUUUGACAUUUUUAGGGAAGGAAGAUUAACUCCUAUCUCUCCAGUCAUUCAUCACAUAUUUUCUGUCAUGUCGACACACACACACGUACACACCGAUGUACUCAGCAGAAAUAUUUUUUGAUAUGUCCUUUUAGAAUCACAGUUGAAAUUGCUAGCUUACAGCUUUGCUUAUAUUCUUUUCAAGAUUUUUUUGCCUGUAAUUUAUAAAGUAGAACUGUCUCUGAAUCUUGAAUGUCACACUGUUGCUACUUAAAAAUGGACUACUUGUGAUGUACAUUGCACAGUUUUUGCCAUCAGUAGUAUCUAGUAGAGCCAUAUCUACAAGUCUGAAAACUCUUUACAGUUUGUUCCUUGAGCAAGGUAUUGGGCUACUUGUCUAACUGCAUGUGUGUGGUCAAGGAUCAGUUUUUAUCAUCAUUUAUGUGCCAAGAGUAGGUGCCAAAUUAAAGUUCAUGUCCAU